AUGUACGAAGCUGCGGCCAACCCGGCCGGGCAUUCUUUUGUGUUGGAAAUGAUCGCCCGCUUUCAAAACGGGAGAUUGAUGCAUAUCGCCCCUGGUGGACUUUCUGGUCGUGUCAAUCAUGUGAGUCCCUACUGGAACGAAACUGACUCCAAGCCCGAUGAGAGGUUUCAACAAGCUAUAGAUCUUGUUGGAGGGUUUAUCGGAGGUAACAAGGCAUUCGAAGGAGCUCUAGCUAUGGCAAAGAAGGCGCUCGAAAUUGGAGAUGCGGAGAUUUGUGUUAACGUUGCAUUUAAGUAA